CGCUUAAUGGGCGUCGCUCGGAGGAGGCUUGUGGCUUGACCGUGCUUCUUAGAAUUCAAGAACCAACAUGGCGCUAAGUGCCCUAAGGAGCGAUUCGUAUGUGGAUCUGAGUCAGUAUCGGGACCAGCACUUCCGGGGAAACCGAUCUGAUCAGGAGUCUCUGCUGAAGCAAAGCUGCACCUUGUAUGUAGGAAACCUUUCAUUUUAUACAACAGAGGAACAAAUCCAUGAACUGUUCAGCAAGAGUGGAGAUGUUAAAAGAAUUGUAAUGGGACUUGAUAAGGUCAAAAAGACUGCCUGCGGAUUCUGUUUUGUCGAAUACUAUACAAGAGCAGAUGCAGAACAAGCAAUGAGGUUCAUCAAUGGAACACGGCUAGAUGAUCGAAUCGUCAGAACAGACUGGGAUGCAGGAUUUAAGGAAGGGAGACAGUAUGGACGUGGGAAAUCAGGUGGUCAGGUCAGAGAUGAGUACCGCCAAGACUACGAUGCAGGACGCGGAGGCUAUGGAAAAGUUGUUCAGUCGUUCUGAAGUACAACAAUAUUUGUGUCCAUGGAUAUCUGCCACCAUUCACCUCCAAAGCUGAUUUUACUUGACACUCGCUGGCAUUACAAUGCUUACAUUGGACUGUAUGUUGGGAGUAUCAAACUGUGUUCUAAACCCCUUUUAAUAACUGUAUAUGUAUGGAUUUCUUUUUUUUACAAUAAAACUCAAAAUGGG